ACGGAACUUUUUCUCACUCGUGGUUUGGUUUCGACGGCGAUAAGAUGUACGGCAUACAGUUGAACGUUAGUGAAGCCAGCAAGGUGAUCGAGAGGGCGGCAGCAGAUGGCUCUUCGGAUGAUGAUCACGCACUGCUGGUGGCCAAAAUAGUGGCUAUGGUGGUGCUACUUGUGGUCACAUUAAUAUGCGCUGCCCUGCCGUAUAUGCUGAAUCGCUGCCUAAAGUGGACAAGUCAGAGUCCGGAGGAGACGCGCUCUUCGCCAGUGGUGCGAGGUCUUAUCUACUUUGGUGGUGGUGUAUUGUUUGCCACAACAUUUCUUCACAUGAUGCCGGAUAUUAUUGAAAUUGUGGAGCAUCUACAACACUGCGGCACAUUGGCCAAAACUCCAUUUGCACUGCCUGAGAUGCUUUUUUGUUCUGGAUUCUUCAUAAUCUAUGCCAUGGAUGAGCUUAUGUUUAAAGUAAUGGUGAGACAUCAAAAGAAACUCACCCGCUCGGAGUCGCGGGCCAGCGAAGCGUUUCAUCGUGGUCACAGCAUUAGAAACAGCGUGCUGAUGACUGAACAGCGACCAAACAAGACGCAAGUGGAGCACAGCGAAUCUCAGCAUGCUGCUGGCCAUGGCCACAGUCAUAUGCCAGUGGAAGAGAGCGGCUCGUUGCGUGGCUUAGGCAUUAUUCUGGCGCUUUCCCUGCAUGAACUCUUCGAGGGCAUGGCCGUUGGACUGCAGUUUACUGUUGGCACUGUCUGGUUUAUGUUUGGUGCCAUAGCUAUCCAUAAGCUGGUGCUCGCUUUUUGCGUGGGCAUGGAAUUGCUUGUAGCGCGCACUCGCACUAGUUUGGCCAUUAUAUAUCUGACAACUUUCUCGAUUGUCACACCAAUUGGCAUUGGCAUAGGCAUUGGCAUUAGUUCACAAGACGAUGGCCAAGCAGCAAAUCUACCGUCAGGAAUAUUGCAAGGAUUGGCUGCUGGAACGCUCUGCUAUGUGGUGUUCUUUGAAAUUCUAACGGUACAUCAUGCUGGCUGGCGUGCAUAUGUGGCUGCAUUCCUGGGCUUUCUAUUAAUGUUCGGACUGCAAAUCUUAGCUGAUGAAGCGGAAGGUGCAGAUAACGAUUCCUGUUAAUACCCACUAUUACUAUGUACAUAUAUAAAUUAUAUUAAUUUGCACCUCACACAUUGUAAUCGAAGCAACACUUGCGGCCGUUUAUACAUAUAUAAAAGACGUGCCUUUUAAAAUAAACACGAACAAAUU